AAAAACCUCGAAUUACCUAUAAUUCAUUCUUAGGUCGAGGGGCUGCGUGAGGUAGGUACCUAGGUUCCAUGGUUUUUAACAACGCCACACUUCAGAAAAUAAGCCCCGAUUCAGAGAUUCAAACUUCGUUACGGCGCAUAUCAAAACUAGUCGUCGAAGUAGAAGAACAUCAGCCCAUAAUGUUCGCAACUCUAGCACGAAGGAUGGCAGGAGGGCCUAUACCUCCCAGACUGAGGAAUACGACAACGGCACCUUUAGCAGAGGUAUAUAACACUCCAUACAAGCCUAAGAAGAUCUGGCCGCCAGAUUUCUCCAAGCUCUCCCAGAAGGAACAGUUCCGGUUCGAGCGGCGCUAUAAACGGAGGGUAAAGCUUGCGACUGCGCGGCCUCGGUGGGAUAAAUUUGUUCGAUUGGUGCAGCUGUUCAGCGUGACUUCUGUCCUGGUUUAUUCGGUCUUGUUCAUGGACUUGCAAACAGAGAGCCAGCCGUUCCAAGGGUUAAGGGACAGGUUCUGGGGCGUCCUCGACGCAUUCUCUCCCGCGCAGAGAGACGAAAGACGAACUCCCGAUAUAGCAGCCAUUACGAAUUCCAAGUAAAGCAAUAUCACCACUAUAUAUUAUAAAUCUCACAUCGCAUGGUUGGAGUUUGGGGAUGGUGGUUAGGAAUGCAAUACCCACUCGAUGUCAUUUGUACCCCGUAUAAAGUCGGGAUAUUCUAUUAAAAUGCUUGUCCCAACCCGUAAACCUAUAAAACUCCAGACACCGCGUCUAUGCAUACGUAUUGUACGAGAAUCACCUGCCGGGCCAUACGAAAUGCCCUCCCACGCCCAGUCCGGCGCCCAGUCCCGUGCCCCUAGACUCGUUGACCGGUCGC